GGAGGGAGCGUGUGUGGAGAGGGAGCUGCGUGCCUGUGGGGUCUCCAUGGCUUCCGGGGCCGCGCUCUGGGCGCUCCUGCUGCUCGCCCCGGGGCCCUGGCUGGGCGGAGCCGUGGCCGAAGAUGGAGACUGGGUCAAGCUGCCUAAUAAGUGCGAAGUGUGCAAGUAUGUGGCUUUAGAACUGAAGUCCUCUUUUGAUGAAACUGGCAAGACCAAGGAGGUGAUCGACACAAAAUAUGGCUUUUUGGAUGGCAAGCAAUCCAAAAUCAAGUACACAAAAUCGGACAUUCGUCUGAUUGAGGUGACAGAAAACAUUUGCCAGAGGCUUUUGGGGUAUAAUCUGCACAAAGAGAGAUCAGGAAGCAACAGAUUUGCAAAGGGCAUGUCUGAGACAUUUGAAACUCUUCAUAAUUUGGUGCACAAAGGAGUCAAAGUAGUGAUGGACAUCCCUUACGAAUUGUGGAACGAAACCUCAGCAGAAGUGGCUGAUCUGAAGAAACAGUGUGAGAUAAUGGUGGAGGAAUAUGAAGAUGUGAUUGAAGACUGGUACAGAAACCAUCAGGAAGAAGACAUCUCCCAGUUCCUUUGCGCAAAUCAUGUCUUGAAGGGAAAGGAUACAAGCUGCCUUGCAGAGAAAUGGUCUGGCAAGAAAGGUGACCCGGCAAGUUCAGGGCAGAAGAAAGCAAAGAAAAAGGAAGGCAAGGGCAAAAAGUCAGGAAAGAGCAAAAAGAGCCGUAAGGAUGAGGCGGAGCAAGAGAAGGUGAAGCCAAGUGCCAAAGAGGGGGGACCUGACCGAGCCGAGGAGGAUGAAGAAGUCAUUCAGAAGGCAGCCCCACUGUUACACACCACUGAUGAGCUAUAGGUUCUUGACGGAGACAUUCUGCCCAUGCAAUAAAGCCUUUCAAUAAAGGAAGGCUUUAUUGGGCCAGAUAACUGUGCUUGAGCCCCUUGGAGAUACGAGAUGGAGCUUCUCGCUUCCUUGAGGGAAAGUGCAAAUAUGUCUUUGAAGGUCACUUGAACUUGAGUUAUCCAGUGUUAAUUGUACCUCAUUGCAGGUGAAGAGUAGAUGGAACCCAGGUACCCUUUUGCAUCCCUGGAAGAGAGAAUGAGAAGGGCUGGUUACCUUGCCUGAUGUCUAACCUUCAAUAGCUGAGCCUGCUGCUUGUGUUGAUUUCUCCUCACUACCUUUGACUUACCAAAAGCACCUGGAUAGAAAAAGUAAACAGGAAGAUCAGUCCUGUGGCAGUUUGCUCUAUUCAUGACUCUAGCCAAGGUAUCUCUCAUCAACCAAGUGGGCUCUAAUGCUUUAGUUCUCUUCAGUUACUUCCUCGGAAAGUGGGUCCAACUCACCACUUCAUCUGUCUCACUGAGUUUCUUGAGAGUGAAGUAGAAGUGAAGACUCUAUCGGUGGAAUUAAGAAUGCUGCGCUUUUGCCGUGAAACUCCUUUUUUAAAGAGCUCUCUUUUCCCCUUAAGGUAUUUACAGAUGUCUAUGAAGUUCUUCCCCAACCCGCUUUUACCAUCUGUUGCUGCCUCCUAAAAGACUGUAAAUAAAUGGGAAGUUUUUUUGCA